AAGAUACACGACACGUACAACGAGCGGUGUUUGUUAAGCUUGACGGUUCCAGAUCAACCGGGCUGAUCCGAGCCGAGCCGUGACAGCGGGGCUGGAGACGCGGGGAAGAAGCUAAACGAGAAGAAGUUGCGCGAGAAGAUUUCAUUUCUGUCAUUUCCAUCUUCAAACCCUAUUUAUUUGGAUAUGUCAACUGGCUCCAGGAUACUUUGAUGAUUUUUUUUCUCCUCCACGUGAAUUUGUGUUGUUGCGUGUUUGUUUGCACGAGCGCGGACCGGUGACACGCGCAGCUUGUAAAGAAGGAACACUCGGAAUAAAGAAGAAGAAAUGGAGGAACCCAACGUCUUCUCCUCCGACCGAACCAUCCUGUGCCUGUUCGAUGUGGACGGCACUUUGACAGCACCGAGAGAGAAAAUCGAGCCCCAGUUGGAUGAGUUUUUCCAGACCCUGCGGAGGAAAGUGAAGAUCGGCAUCGUUGGAGGGUCCGACUACUCCAAGAUAGCUGAGCAGCUCGGGGAGGGGGAUGACGUGAUCAGAAAGUUCGACUAUGUCUUUGCUGAGAACGGCACCGUGCAAUACAAAGACGGGAAGCUCCUCUCAAAGUAUGCGAUACAGAACCAGAUCGGAGAGGAGCUGCUGCAGGACCUCAUCAACUUCUGCCUCGGCUACAUGGGGCUCAUCAAGCUGCCAAAGAAAAGAGGAACUUUCAUCGAGUUCAGGAAUGGAAUGAUCAACAUUUCCCCCGUUGGCCGGAGCUGCACGGCGGAGGAGCGGAUUGAGUUCUCUGAGAUCGACAAGAGAGAGAAGAUCAGGGAGAAAUUUGUCACUGCCCUGAAAGAGGAGUUUGCUGGAAAGGGACUGCAGUUCACUAAAGGUGGUCUCAUCAGCUUUGACGUGUUUCCAGAGGGCUGGGACAAGAGGCUGUGUUUGGAGCUGCUGGACCGCGAAGGCCUCGACCAAAUCUAUUUCUUUGGCAACGAGACGUCGGAUGGCGGAAAUGACUACGAAAUUUUCAACGACCCACGGACCAUCGGUUUCACGGUCUUCUCUCCGGAGGACACGGUCCGGUUCUGUCGGGAGCUUUUCUUUGACACCUCACCACAUGAGCCCUGAUGCCCCCCCACCCCCACCCCCCCUCGACCCCUUUCCCCCCGUGCGGGUCUUUUCUGGUACAACAACGAGCAGCUCCAUCCCAGAUUACAACUGCUGAAAGGUAAUGCUGAUCACCUCCAUGUCACUAAUGGGAUGACUCUGGAUUAAGGGUCAUUUUUACUAAACGCGUGCAAUAAAUCCAUUUGCUUUUUUGUGGGUUUUGUCUUAAAGGGACGGAAACGGAGGAAGUGUGUGUGUGUAAGCGUCCGUGUGGCAGCACUGCAACGUGUAGCAUGAGGCGUGAAACUAGCUCAAAAACUUAAGAGAGAUUCUGCAAUAUUCAGCAGUGUUAUAAAUUAUCACUACAGAUUUUUUAAAGCGCGCAGAAGUAUGUUUUGCACUACUGUCGUUAUAUGUUCAUACCGAUCGUUGGUGUGCUGUCGUCCUGUUGACCACUAAGGGGGAAGAGGGCGACCAAAGUGACGGAGAAGGAACAUUUACUCGUUGAAAAUGAAGUGCCGUGGGUAUUUCUUCCUCUGCAGUCGGGGAUAUAUGAAUCAUUCCAGGUGUUUUAAUAUGUGAUGUGUUUAUGUUCUUCGUCAUCCCUUAAAUUUCAAGUGUCUUUUUUUUUUCGUUUUGAAAACUGAACAUUACUGACUUUAACAGUGAAUUAAGCUGCUGUGACUGAGUCACUGCAAACCUUUUGUCGAGGUUUUUUUUUUUAUGUCAAAUAUUUGUACGAGCUGCGUCGUGGCCUGCGCUCUAGGUGAAUGUAUUGAUUGAUGCUUAUUGCUAAUCUCUUCCAGAUUCACGUCGCUUUUAACAGAUGCCUCAAGUUUUUUUUUUUUUUUAAGUAACUUUAAAAUGUGUGAACACUGAGACUUUGGUUUUUCCACGAUGGGUCAAUGUUCUGUCACGGUUCAGGAAAAAAGUUGUUGUAAAUAGGAUAAAUUGUUUAUAAAUGCUGACUGUAAACACUGCUCCAACUACAAAGACUACACAUGUAGUCUUCUAUGCACUGCAGAUGAUAUUUUAAUGCCUCACUAACUGAUUAAAGAUUGUUCUUGUUGUUUUUCUAUCAUUUAUGGAUUAAAAAAAGUAAAUUUGCUAAUUAAUCGUAAUAAAACCUUUUUGAUAUCGUA